CCCCCCGCCAUGGUGUCCAGCACAGAGACCGUACACUACAUCCAUCUGCACAACUCCAGCCAGUCGGUCCUGGAGGCCCUGCGGACCCAGCGGCGCGAGGGCCUCUUCUGCGACGUCACCGUGCGGAUACACGAUGCCUCCCUGAGGGCCCAUGCCUGCGUCCUGGCGGCCGGCAGCCCGUUUUUCCAGGACAAGCUUCUGCUGGGUCACUCUGAGAUAUCGGUGCCGCCACUGGUGCCUGCGGAAACCGUGAAACAGCUGGUGGACUUCAUGUACAGCGGCUCCCUGGUGGUGCUGCAGUCGCAGGCCCUCUGCAUCCUAACAGCUGCCAGCAUCUUGCAGAUCAAGACGGUUAUCGACGAGUGCACCCAGAUCAUCUCUCAGAGGAAGGCUGCUGCGGAGGCGGCGAGCGCAGCUGCGGCAGCAGCAGCCGCCGCCGCAGCAGCUGCAGGAACAGGAGCUGGAGGGGGGAUGCUUGGGGGAGUUCUCCCCAAACAAGAAGAGCGUGGCCUGGGCAAAGGGAGAGAGACGGGCAGCGGUGGGAGCUGCUCCGUCAGCAGCGCGGGAGCCGUCGGAGGUUACACAAACUUCUCCAAUUUCAUGACCGAAUGUGGGGCUAGUAACAUGGGUGGGGGGUUAGGGGGUGCUAGCGUCAGCGAGAGCGGCCCAGGCGCCAUGGACCAGAAUAACACGGUUAGUCUGAUGGCGCUGGGGGACAUGGGGCCCGGCUCCAUGUGCGGCGGUGACGGGAUGGCCCCGGGGGCCGGUCCGGUCCUCAUGAAGCAGACCUCUAGUUGCACUCAGGAUGUACGGUACAAGCUCCGUGACCUGCUGGCACAGACGGCCAACGGAGCCAGCACCAGUAGCACAGGAAACCUGUCGGCGGGCUGCAGCUCCGGCGUGGGCAGCGUGGACAGCGUCGGCAGGGACAGCCUCCGCGGCAACGCAGCCGACCUCUCCGAUGACCUUGUAGGGAUGGACAGAUACAGCGAGGAGGAGGACUUGGACGGCAGGGAGCGGGGAAGAGAUGGAGACAGAGACAGGGGGGCGAGCCACAGCCGCAAGCAGAGGCAGCCGCUAAGACUCCAGGUGCUUGGAGGAGAGGGAGUGGUGGUUAAAGACGAAGGUGUGCAGGACUCGGAUGGGACCGUCUAUUCCCUGGAGGAUGGGAGAAGACACCAGGAACACGAUGGCGCCCAGGACUCCAUGGCCAGCUUCGGACAGGAUUUUUAUGAUGAACAUGGCGUUUUCUCAGAGAGCUUCUGGCCUCAGAGCGAACCUCCUCAAGCCAUGGGUUUUAACCCCAGAGGAAGAGUCAACAAGCCGCUGACUCCACCGCCCUCCUCGCAGUCCAUCAACAACCAGCUUCUAUUCCAGUACCCAGUGAGCCACUCUCAGCCUCCUCCAUUCUAUGUCGGCGGACCAAUGGGAGGGAUGGACAACAUGGCAGGGGCGGAGCCCUCUCAGCAGGCUCCGCCCCCAGCACCAAUGACCCCCGUCCCUACGUCUUCGGCGUCCUCCUGUUCAGCAGGACCCUCUCCUUCCUCCCAGGGAUCAGAGACCUCGUUCGACUGCACGCACUGUGGCAAAUCCUUACGCUCCAGGAAGAACUACAGCAAGCACAUGUUCAUCCACUCGGGUCAAAAACCUCAUCAGUGCUCCAUCUGCUGGCGCUCCUUCUCCCUGCGGGACUACCUCCUCAAACACAUGGUGGUUCAUACUGGUGUCAGGGCCUUCCAGUGCACCAUGUGCGGCAAGCGCUUCACGCAGAAAAGCUCCCUUAAUGUGCACAUGCGCACCCACCGUGCCGAGCGCACCUUCCAGUGCAAUGUUUGCCACCGGGCGUUCACCCACCGCACCUUGCUGGAGCGUCAUGCCUUGCAGCACGCCCACCACAACCCCCAGACCCUAGACCCAGGUCAGGGGCGGGGAGCCGACAUGACCUCACCUAACAAGCACAGUCCUCCAGGUAUGGGAGGAACCUCAGGUAUGGCUGGCACAGCCGCUAUGGUUGGCAGCAUGCCUAGCAUGCCCAGCCAUGGAGCUUCCUCCACCUAGAUAUAAAGGGGGGGAGGGGGACAAAGGGAAAUUCAGGGGAGAGGAGGAAGAGGAGGUUGCAUAGCUCAUUCCUCAAACCAACGUUUAACACUUGUAAUUAAUUGUUUGUUUUUUUUGCCUUUGAUUUUUCUUUACUUGGUGGUAAGAGUGCUUACAGGCUGACAUGUCUUAUUGUAUUAGCUUAAAUCCACCUUGGGUCAUGGUUUCAGGGUUUGGGAGAAAAACAUGUUCAGUUCCAAGAAAGCUAUAUUAAUAGUUGUAGCCUGACAUAAUUUUUUUUUCUGUGUUGUGACGUGUUGCUAAAUGCAAAGUGGUAAAACUUACACACUUACGGACAGUGCUUUAAGAAGCAUUGAAUAUAGAGGAAAAAAAAAUCGAAUAAUUGAGAAAUGCUGUCCAGAGAGAUUAUGGGUUCCAUUCACCUUCAAUCACAUUUAUUCAGGCUCCGUUUUCUUUGGUCUCUUUUUACAUUAAGGCGAACAAACCUCGACUUGCACAGGUUGCAUAUUUACUUUUUAUGUCUGGUGUUUUUUCCCUUUUUUUUAAAAAUUCUUUUUAGGUGGCAGAGUUGGCUAAAUAAAGCAAACGGGUACAAAAAAAGCCAAAUGGCCACUGACUGGCUGGGCAGGACUUUAAAAAAUUCAACAUCUAGCUUACCAUGUUGCUCUAAAUAUGUUGUAAUGAGGUAUGCAUCUUUUCAUCUGUGCAAUGCAUGCUGGGUAGAUAAUACAGUAAGGUCCUAAAGGUAUUGUGGAGGAUGAAUUUUUUAAAAAGCCCGCCCUCUUCACUUUAAAAAAAAAUGCACAUGCACAACCCUGUACCCAC